AUAUCGGCGUCAUAUACAUAGACUUGAUACAACCCGGGUUGGUUGCCACGCGAGCAAGGGCAGGGUCGUAAGUGAGCGACGCCAGUAUCGUUCGCGACGUCGAACGGGAUUUCUCGUUCUCUCUGCGUGUACAGCUCGCGGUAAUGCUCGACUUUCGGUGAGAGCCACGAUCGGUCGGUGGAAUCCUUCCUUCGUCGAAGGAGACGACCGCGGGACGCCGGGCGUCGCGUGACAGUGAGACGCAUGAGGGAGUCUCGGAUUACUUUUGAGUGUGAAGGAUUGUCUCGCAGGUGCCGGCGCCACGCGACGUGUCAGUAACCCCCGAAUAAAGGUGGGAAGCAGGGGGUGGGCGCAGGAGGAACCUGACACUUACACAUAUGCGCGCAUAUGUAGAUAGAAAGAGAGAUAGAGGGGAAGAAAGUAAUUUCGAAUGAAAAUCGUCGAAUUUUCACAGUCGGUUAAACGUGCAAGAUAUAUUUUUAAAAGUUUCAAAGAAAUUUUAGUCGCGACUAGAAAGAUAGCUAUUUUUCAUUACCACAAAGGAUAAAAAGAAUAUCUGAAGCACAGAGAAAGAGAGAGAGUCCAACGCGACGUUUUACAUUCGCGACGGAUUCUCGGACAGUGAAGGAUAGAAAGCGAGCGAAAGGGAGAAAGGAGUGAGUAAAAAAGGAGAAAAUAGAAAAGUGAAAGGGACAAGAAGAAAAUUUAUACUCUUUAAUAUCCCAAUAAAAUAGAACGUAAUUACUAUAUUUGCUACAAGACUUUUCUACUGAGAAAAGUGAUAACUUGACUCAACUGUUUUUCUUUCGUAACGCGAUGUUAACAAGGGAACUGCAAUAAUACGGGUGCCUCUUGAAGUCUGAUUUAGUUCGAUACAAGAAAAUUUAAGAGAAGAACAGACAGGGAGAGACAUGGGGUGCAAUACUAGCAAGGAGAGCGUUCAGCCAGCGGUGGAGGAGGCGAAAGAGGGCGAUUCCGUCAAGAACGGGGAUAUCUCAAAGGCGGCCGAAAACAGCGCAGAAGCCUCGAACGAGGGGAACGAAAACGCAGAGGAAGAUAAAGAGAAAGAGGCAGCAGCCACGAAAAUACAAGCAGUUUUCCGUGGGCAUCACGCUAGAAAAAGUCUGAGAGUGUCGGAAACAGCGUCGAAGGAGGCAAAAACUGACGAAGAACCCUCCGAACCUACGCAGGAACAGCUGCAGGAGGAAUUCCGUGCCGACGAUCAGGAGCUCUGUGACGCGGCGAAAAAGAUACAAGCGACUUUCCGGGGCCACAUGUCGAGAAAGGAAGCUACCACUGCCGCCAAGUCGGCGAUGAACAUGGUUGAGAGUGCGACUGCUAAGAUAGAAGAAAAGAUGGACGACGCUGCCCAAGAAUUAGAGGGGAUCGACUUGGCCGAUCCGGACUUGCACAAGGCAGCGACUAAGAUUCAAGCGAGUUUCCGCGGUCACAAGGUCCGUCAGGAGGUCAACAUCCAUACUGCCGACGACAUUAAAAAAUAAGACGCUUACUCAAACGCAGGGAUGCCGGGAGAGAUAGAAUAUUACUUAUUACAGUCAGUGCCAUUCUUAAACAGGUUUCGAACGCCAUCCCCUAUUUCUUGUACCUUAUAAUGUAGUGUCCAUAAACUAGUAAAUUAUGCGCGUAAAUAUACGAGGCAUUCCAGACAAGCCGAACAACGGACAGGCGAACGAGUUUUAUUAGUUCACUUCGGGCCGCUAGUUGUAAACAACGAUACCGUUUAUUUUACAUUAAAACAAUUAAUCCAGCCUUCGCCCGGGACCAGUGAGAUUUAAGCGCUUUCUACUUUGGCUAAAAUGAGAAUCCUUCGAACGAGAUAUUUACAGGCUGAGGCAUACAAAUGGGAACAUUCAAAUGUUUUUUAUUAUUUAUCGAUAUAUAAAAAAAGUUUUCUCCGGAACAAAGUUGCACUGUGUAAAGAAGGACUACAAUGGCAAAUAAAAAAAAAAAACGAUUGUUCCUUGAGCCGUUUCCUAGAAUCGAUUUAGAGUGCAUUUCACACAAUUCGCUACAUGACUACAUUCUGGAACUAUCCUCAUACUAUCGACUUAUACUUACAUUUUUUAUGAGUUAUUACUGCCAUACAUGAGCAGAGAGAUAUACAGGCAGAUUUUUCAAGACUUUUCAAAGAACUUUUCUCAACAUGGUUAUACAAUACUUCCUAUGCAAAACGCUAAAGAAAGAUUAAAUGUGAUAUGGUGGAGAAAAAACGAACAGUUUCCUAUAUAAUUACCCGACUUAAUAUUCAACAUAAAUUGUGAUCUACAACAACAGAAUGACAAACAUGCAAAAUCCUCGUAUCUGGUAGGUAUGUUAAGUGGAACGCGACGGAACGCGAUAGAGUAUAACUUUAACAUCCUACGCAUGAUAAACGGAGCAUAUAUUAAGAUGUACCAAUAUCAAUAAUAUGCAUGUUAACUUUUAUAUAAGUUCCUGUAUCUAUGUAAAAUAAACGGUAUGGUUGUAGCGUUUCCAAUUCUAAAAUUAA